UUUAUUUACCUUCUGACAGCGAAAGUUAAGAUAGGGAUAUGAUUCACAAGUGUCACAAAGUGUCAUAAAAUUGGAUUCCUACACUUAAAAAUAGUCUUUUAAGCUUAUUAAACGCUCAAAACUUUCAUUUUUGAUACUCUCCAUCAACAACCAACCGUUAAAAAAUUCAACGAUGGAGUGGUUAUUCGGACGGCGAAUGUCUCCUGAAGAGAUGCUGAGGAAAAAUCAGAGAGCCUUAAACAAAGCCAUGAGAGACCUAGACAGAGAAAAGGUUAGGAUGGAACAACAAGAAAAAAAGAUAAUCAUGGACAUCAAGAAGAUGGCUAAAGAAGGUCAAAUGGAAUCUGUGAAAAUUAUGGCCAAAGAUUUGGUCAGGACCAGGCGCUAUGUGAAGAAGUUCAUGCUGAUGAAGGCAAACAUCCAGGCCGUGUCUCUCAAAGUGCAGACCCUCCGGUCACAAAACGCGAUGGCCGAGGCCAUGAAGGGAGUUACCAAGGCGAUGCAGAACAUGAACAGACAGCUGAAUUUGCCUCAGAUCCAAAAAAUCCUGCAAGAAUUUGAAAAGCAGUCGGAAAUUAUGGACAUGAAAGAGGAGAUGAUGAAUGAAGCUAUUGAUGACGCAAUGGAAGAUGAAGGGGACGAGGAGGAGAGUGAUGCUGUCGUCUCUCAAGUGCUAGACGAACUUGGUCUCCAACUUGGUGACCAACUUUCUGGACUACCUGAGGCGUCUGGUUCGCUGGUGGCCCCGAAAGGAAAAACUGCUGUUCCUGCUGCAGCUGGUCCAGUUUCAGAUGCUGACGCAGACUUGCAGGCAAGGCUGGACAAUCUGCGCCGGGAGUAAAUUGCUUCUCUGGUCAUACAUUAAUUGGUAUUCCAUUCUAAAAUGGUUUAUUUCAUUAUAAUUUAUUUUUGUGCGGUUAUUCAUGCCUGGGAAAAGCCACAUUCACUUUGACCGCUUUUAGAAUAACCGAAGAGUUAUUUUCCAAAUCAAUAUGUUAAAAAAUUGUGUAAGUUAGAAGCUAGAAUGUUUAUAUUAUUACAAAUUAAAUUUUAAUAUUGAAAAUUGAAUUUUAA